CUGGACUCUUCCGGUGCCCUGCUUGUGCCCUCUGCUCCAGCUUUGCUCUCUGCUCAGCUUCGGUCCUCCUCGCAUUCCAAUCCUCCUCCACCCCCUUCUCUCCCCCCUCCCCUCCUCUCCUCUCCUCUCAUCCCUUUCCCUCCUUCGUUUACGAUUGGGUCCUGCGAGGCCGACAACCAACCGCGAGACCCUCCCCCCGUGCCAAGAUCCACCCCCAUCCAACCCCCCAAUUCCAUCCCUCCGUCUGUCCUGCUGUCGACCGGUGCUGGAUGAGUCCCGACUCCGCUUCCUCAAAUGCACAGACGCUCGUCUGGCUCUCCGGUCGCGGACGACUCUGAAGAUUCUCCGGCACGCUCCUCGGACGAUCAUGGGAACGGCCACGGCCCCGGCAAUGCUAUCGAUUCUUCCAACGAUAAAUCGCGGUCGCAGAUAGCCCGUCACGGCACCAGUUUCGAUCUUCGCCGUGAUAACGGCCGUUCCACGCCGCGCUCGCGGAACUCCAGCCUGUGGCGCACUCCGUCUGCUCAAGCUUCCAACGAUACCAAAACCAUGCCAUUGGGCUCGCCGAGGUUGCCUAUGGAGGCGCCGUCUCCCGAUGGUCGCCGCGCGCGUCAAUCUAGUCUGCGCAGUCCGUGGUCCUGCUCUAUCCUGACGGCGUUGACGACUUUCUUCGCCGUCGCGUUCUUGUUCUCGACUGUGCGCUCGUUCGCUAGUCGUCAGGUCGGCGGAGAUGGAUGCGGUGUACCCAUGAUGAGCCCGACAUUCAUUCGGAUGCUAGAGUUCGACACGGAGCACACGCGGUUCGCGAGCAAAUACAACCUGUUUCUAUAUCGCGAGGAAGGCGUGGAUCCAUACACGCAGGAUAAUAUCGGGUUGAACGGUGUCCCCGUACUAUUUCUCCCCGGAAAUGCUGGCAGCUACCGGCAGGUCCGGUCUCUAGCAGCGGAGGCCUCCCGGCACUACUACGAUGUGGUUCGACACGAUGAAGAGCGACACGCCGCUGGAACACGUAGUCUGGACUUUUUCAUGGUGGAUUUCAACGAGGAUAUGGCGGCCUUCCAUGGACAGACCUUGCUGGAUCAGGCAGAAUACGUGAAUGAGGCAAUCUCGUACAUUCUAUCGCUAUACCACGACCCUCGCCGAACUCGCCGGGAUCCCGUUCUUCCCGACCCGAGCGCGGUGAUCCUGAUCGGUCACUCUAUGGGCGGCAUUGUGGCUCGAACUGCCCUCACCAUGUCGAAUUACCAGGCGAACUCGGUGAAUACGAUAAUCACCAUGUCGGCACCGCAUGCGAAACCGCCCGUCUCUUUCGACUCGGAUAUCGUUCAUACAUAUAAGCAGAUCAACGACUACUGGCGGGAGGCGUACUCGCAAACUUGGGCUAACAACAACCCUCUCUGGCAUCUCACCCUGAUUUCGAUUGCGGGUGGUGCACGUGACACCGUGGUUCCGUCUGAUUAUACCAGUAUCUCGUCUCUGGUUCCAGAGACGCACGGGUUCACCGUGUUUACUUCGUCCAUACCGAAUGUGUGGAUCGGUAUGGACCACCUGUCAAUCACCUGGUGUGAUCAAUUCCGGAAGGCGAUCAUCAAGUCGCUAUUCGAUAUCAUCGAUGCGCGGCGCCCAUCUCAGACUAAGCCGAGAGCAGACCGUAUGCAGUCUCUCAAGCGGUGGUAUUUGACUGGGUUGGAGUCGGUCUCUGAGCGGACGCUUUCCCAAAAGGAGCCGAAUACUCUGUUGACCCUCGAAGAUAAUGCCAACACCAUUCUUGCGCAAGGCCAGCGGCUAGUUCUCCGCGAGCUUGGGCGGCAGCAUGGUCCUGAUGUACGCCUGUUGCCUAUCCCACCGCAGGGUGUUUCGGGUAAGAAGUUUACACUUCUCACGGAUCAGUCACUUGAUAAGCAGGGCAACAUCGAGGUGCUCUUCUGCAGCGUGUUCCCGUUGAACAAUGGCCGGUCAGCCAUCUUCUCUAUGAAUUUGGAUUUCUCCGGUGGCACCGUGGGCUCGACGCGGUUGGCUUGUAAGAGCGCCGCCGAGGAUGUCAUUUAUCUGCCAUCCUCGACACGGACAUCGAAGAACGCGUACGACCGCGUUCCUCCGUUCUCUUACCUUCAGUAUGAUCUGGAGAACCUGGCUGAACAUCAAUUCGUGGCGGUCGUGGACAAGGCCAAUGUUCCCACUCCGGGCUUCUUGGUAGCCGAGUUCUCCGACAGCUCCGAUUCCAUGAUCCGGGCCAAGGUUGGCCUGGGCAGUCUACUGAGUGCCGGGCUCAAGAUGCGCUUGCCCGCCAAUCGACCCAUGCUCACGGAAGUGAACAUCCCAGCUCUGCAUUCCAGUCUUCUCAACUACAAGCUGAAAAUUACGAGGCAUCCACAGAGAGAUGAGCUCUUUGCUCCGCUGCUACGCCAGUCCAUUCCGGAUCCGCACGAGUCCAAGUUCUUUGUAAACGUCAACGAUGUCCAUGUCAAUUUGCAUGGCGUUGCACCAUACAUGCCAUCCCCCGUGCGUGAAUCGGCGUCCGCUGGUGGUGUGUCCUUCCAGCUUUGGACUGACCCCAGCCCCGGCGAGACCGUUGAUAUCUCGUUGAAGAUUGAUCUCAUUGGCAGUCUGGGUGAGUUGGUGAUGCGGUAUCGUACCGUCUUUGCUGCAUUCCCGCUCCUUGUCGUGGCGCUCGUGCUUCGCAAGCAGUUCCAGGUCUACGACCAGACAGGGUACUUUAUUCCCUUCACGGAUGGUCUUGACCGGGCUUUGCGGUCCUCUCUGCCGCUUUUGUUAGUGGCUAUGUCUCUUCUUGCUUCUUCCCUGGCCACCACCAAGGCCCUGCCUCAAUCCGACGACCCCUUCCACUGGCGGACCAACUCUACCGAGACGCCGCUUGACUUUACAAAGAACGACCUUUUGCUUGGCUCUCAGGAUGCUUUCUUCUGGUUCCUAGUCCCGAUCUUUGGUCUCAUCAGCGUCGGUGUUUGCGUUCUGGUCAACUAUGUUGCCCUUGUCCUCGUGAAUAUCUUCUCCCUGGUCUACGGUGCGAUCAACAGCAAGUCGGGCUACAUUCGUCGCGAGGACAGAGGCAAUCUGCCCAUCUUCAGCGCUCCCACCCCGCGCCGUCGCGUUAUUCAUACCGCGAUUCUGCUUCUUCUCGUCUCGACCAUCAUCCCUUACCAGUUCGCCUACUUGGUCGCCUGCAUCGUGCAACUUGCAACCACCGUACGAAGCCAAUGGCACGCCAAGGAAACCAGAUCAACGUCCCACCUCAACUUCAGCAACUAUGCUCACUCCAUUUUUAUUCUGAUGCUCUGGAUCCUGCCAAUCAACGUACUCGUCCUCCUCGUCUGGGCACACAACUUAGUUGUACACUGGUUCAUGCCAUUCUCCUCGCACCACAACGUCCUCUCCAUAAUGCCUUUCCUCCUACUCGUCGAAACCAUGACUUCCGGCGCUAUGAUCCCUCGAAUCACCACCCGCUUCCGCCACGUAACCUCCAUGCUCUUCUUCGCGAUCGCCAUAUACUCCGCUGUCUACGGUGUCACCUACGCUUACUUGCUGCACCAUCUGGCCAAUUUGCUGGCUGCAUGGUUUGUCGGCAUUUAUCUCGUGGGCAGUGGAUUUUCGCCGCGGAGGUUGUGGCGGAUUAUCGAUGGUGAUGAAUUGCCGGAGGAUGGCGGCAGACAUGUUAAGAAGAAGCCAUGAGUUUCGUUGAUAUGCAUUGUUUUAUUGUUUGGAAUCAAUUAUGUUUUUUUUUUCUUUUUACUUGAGUUUGUUUUGAUCUCUUUUGUUGGAUGUCCGGGUUUUGAUGUUGCGCAUCGGAAUGGAGUUUGAGCGUUUUCUUUCCCCCUGUGUGGUUUUUUUCUUUUCCCUUUGGUUCUUUUCUUUGAUUGUACAGAUCUGAUCGAUCCGUCCUCAAUACUCAUCUUUCCUUUUUGAACAUCAUACACUCCGCUACUUAAUGGUCACAGUUCACGGGCUACAGACUCCUGUUUGGAAGAGUCGUUCUCUUUCCUUUCCUAUACUGCGGCUUCUUUGACUGAUCAUCUUUCUUUCCCUACAUGUUCGGCAGAGGUCUCGUGUAUAUACCUCGAGCGAUGCCAUUCUCCCCUGUUAUAAAUUUCAAUCUUUCGCGUUCUCUUGUUCCAUGCACCCUGGACAUAGAAUUUUCCGUUUUCACACUCUCUCUUUCUCUUGGGACGGGGGCUGUUUUGGUGCUUUGUCUACUUGAUAUGGGUUGGACUUGAAAUGUGGGUGUGCAUUUGAGGCGUUGUACUAUUGAUAGAUUUACUAUUUCGAAUACUACUAAUUACAUGAAUA